AUGUUGACAAAUUCAAAUACAUCGCGUGUGUCUCGUUUUGAGCUACAACGCAGGAGACCGGUUGAAGAUUUCGUUCUUGUCUGGCUGGGAAAUGCAGACGACAACAAUCAUGUGAUCAAUGAAUUGAAUCGUAUUUUACAUGAUAUUCGAGUUUUUGUUGAUUCGAAUGAAUGCAUCGAUUUUAUCUCAGAAUUCAAAACUAAUCAAAAGAUUAUUCUUAUUGUGAAUAUUAAAAGCGUAACGGAUCAUGAAGCCGCCAUAUGGACUGCUGAACCUUUUGCUCAACUAUCUACCAUUUAUAUUUUAUUCAAAGAAAACUCUAUGCGUAAUGAACUCGAACAACUAUAUGGUAACCACAAAAAAAUUCAAUGUAUGCUAACAGAAAUGAAAUCCUUCAAGGAUCAUCUUGCCCAUGUGGUAGCCAAUCGUUUGAACAGUCAACUGAUCAGCUUUCAGACUAUGAAUAUGACUUCUAUCGAAACGGCAAGAGCCAACACAUCACUCAAUAAACAAGAUGCAUCUUUUAUGUAUGCUCAAUUAAUCAAAGAACUUCUAUUAGAAUUUGAGUUGGCCUCUGCGUCUAAAUUAGAAAUGAUUGAAUUUUGCCGUGGACUCUAUUGUGAUAGUUUAUCGGAAAUGGCAUUUAUCAAUGAGUUUGAAAAUAAUUCUGAAAAUCGAUCACCCAUAUACUUUUACACCGCCGAACAUUUUCUCUAUCGAAUGCUUAAUAGAGCCUUACGAUUGCAAGAAAUAGAUAAACUCUAUCAUUUACGUUACUAUAUUAGACAACUACACGAAGAACUCAAGCGACUCUACAAUCAAAAUCAUCAACACGAGCAAUCACUUUCAUUUCUCUAUCGUGGUCAAGGAAUGCAAAGAGAAGAAUUCGAAAAAUUACAACAUAGUAUCGGUGGUUUAUUAUCGUUCAAUGCAUUCCUAUCGACUAGCACAGAUUUUGACGUCGCUCAUAUGUACGCCGAGACGAUGCUUUCGGCUACGGAUACAUUAGCAGUAUUUCUGCAAAUAGAUGUCAAAGUUGAUAAUAUAGGAAACAAUGUUUUCGCUGAUAUUAGUAAUAUAACUCAUUUUACUGAUGAGCAAGAAUAUCUUUUCUCGAUGGGUACUAUCUUUCGUAUUAUAUCCAUCGAACAAGAAUUAAAUGGAAUCUACUUUGUAAAAUUAAGAUUGACAAGUGAUCGCGAUGAAGAACUUGCCUAUUUGAAAUGGUUUAUGGAUACGACUCUUCACUUAACACAUCAUCGUGGUCCACUCUUUCGACUGGCCGGUCUAAUGAAUGACAUGAGUCAACAUUCAUAUGCUGAUUAUUUUUUCACACUCCUAUUACAAGAUGAUGACAUAAAAGAUCAACCUUGUAUGCUCGCUAGUAUUCAUGGUAAUAUGGCGUAUAUGUAUCGAGAAAAGGGAGAUUUAAAAAAUGCAUUUCAACAUUAUGAAUUUGCACUUAAACUCUAUGAAGAAAAUGCAACAAACGAUAAUAAUCAAACAAUUGCUAUACUACUGGCAAAUUUAGGAGAAAUCUAUAUAGCACAAGGUCAAUUCGAUCGAGCUAUAGAAAAUUAUGAACGGGCUCUAGCUAUCGAUAUGAAUCCUGCUAAUGACAAAAAGCCUAAUCCAGAAUAUAUUUCCAAUCGAUAUAAUCAACUAGGUAUUAUCUGUGAACGAACAGGUCACUCUGAUAAAGCGCUUGAUUACUACGAAAAAUGUUUACAGAUGCGUCUGCAAAAUAUGCCUCAGAAUCAUCCUGAUUUAUUAGCACCGUAUAAUAACAUUGCAUUACUCUAUGAUAGACUUGGCCAAUCGCAAAAAGCGCUUGAUAUUUACAUGCGUAUUCUUGAGAUUAGUACAAGUUCAUUACCACCAGGCCAUUUGAAAUUUGCUACUCUAUAUCACAAUAUUGCUUGUAAUCUUGAAGAUAUGGACCGAUUUAUUGAAGCACUCAUCUAUGCGCAGAAAGCUUUCGAUAUAGUCGAGAAAUCGUCGUUAUUACCAACACAUGAGAUUUUUAUUGGUAAUCAUAAACAUUUAAAACAUUUGCAGAGUAUUGUAAGAAAUACGUAA